AAUAAAAAAAUGUUCUGUAAAUUUGUAUUCCUGAUCUUUCUACUCAUCUCUCUGUCAGUGGCCACCGCUGACUUUGGCGCCCAGCGCCGUUGUGGGCGCCACUUGGUGAACUUCCUCGAGGGACUCUGCGGUGGCCCGUGCUCUGAAGCUCCGACUGUUGAACUAGCUUCGUGGGCAUGUUCAUCAGCAGUCUCAAUUCAGGAUCUCGAAAAAUUGUGCUGUCCUUCAAAUCUUGCUUGAAAACGAUCUCUUUCUAUAACUUUUUACAUUCCUUUUUUUUAUUCUUUCCAUUAUGUUUUAGCUAAUUUUCCUGCAAUAAAUAAUUUUUGGAGG